AUGAAAAGUCUGGUAAUUGAUGAAAAUGAACUUGAAAAUCCGAUUGAUACAAUCUUCAAAAAUGCCAUCGAUGCCAUUAAUAAAGAGCUUGAUGAAUAUAAAAAACUUCUUAUUGCCUUUAACGAUGGAGCUACAAGGUCUGAAUUAUUCAAGACGCCGGCCUUUCGUCGAGUUGUUUAUAAAGAAAAUUUGUCGCCCAGUUCGAUUUGUCAGCCUUUGUUUAACAUUGCAUUGAAUGCUGAUUAUAUAAAGAAUAAUAGGGAUAUUGUCAUGAAACAUAUAACGCCUUUUGUGAUUAGAGAAAUUUGUGCUUUGACUAGAAAGGAUGCUAUUGACAUUCAUGUAUAUAUGGAGAACAUUAUGGAUUAUUUCACAACCAAACUUAAACGGCAACAAAUUGUUUCGUUUUUAAGUCGACGAGGAAUAGAAAAUCCACACCAAUUUCUCAACAAUCUUCUUCAUUUUGCUUCGAGUGGUCAAACUUUGAAGGUCUAUGACCAAAAUUCGGAAUAUCGGUUUAUUUGUUUUAAAAAUGUUUAUUUUAUUUUUUGUAGUGUGCGUCGUUCAAAUUAUGUUGGUGAUUUCUUUCCUGAAGAUGAUGAUGUUUUGGUUUUAAAUAGUAAUGUUGAUGUUGAAGUUCUUGGUCAAAGUAAUAGUAAUAAUCGACGUCCUCAAAGCAAUCAUCAAAGUCCUGUUUCUAUGGAAAUACCCAAUAAUAAUGCUUCACCGUUAGUUGUUUUCUGCUAUUUUUAUAGUGGUAGUCUUGUAAUUUAA